UCACGAUCAGCUGCGGUUGCAAAAGCAAAACAAUCCAAAGGUAAAAUGGAAGUCGUGUUGUGUGAAUGUUUCGAGAUUUGUUGAAUUUAUAAAGUUUGUGAAAUUAAAUAUCUUCUGUGGAGUUAUUGCAAGCUGCUUGAAAUUAUGUCGGCGAGCGUUUAUCCCUGUUUAUUAAAUCUUAAUAAUAAUGUAAUUGUCCCAAUUACUAAAAGCAAGUUUUCAGUUGGCCGAAGUUUGAAAUCUGAUUAUGUUCUCCAUGGCUCGUCAAUCUCAAGAAUACAUUUUUACAUUGAGAAAAUGGAAGAUAUAUGGAUUUUACGGGAUAAUAGUACAAAUGGAACUUUGGUAAACAAGGAUCUUGUUGUAUCUGAAAUUAAAAUUUUAGAAAAUGGAGAUUUAAUAGAAUUCAUUGGAGGAACAUUCUGUUUGAAAUAUAAAGAUUCAAACUUACUUUCUGAAUUAAUGACUUCACAAAGGAGGAAUAGUUUGCCUAGUGUAACUAAUGACCAUAAUGACCAUAGUUAUGAAAGAAGAGAAGCUGCUGUAGAACAAACUUCUUCAGUGAGUCAUGUUGCAAUCGAUCUCACUAGUCAAAGCAGAGGUCAGAAAAGAAAUUAUUCAGAAGCAGAUGAAGAACCUCCUGUGAAGAAAAGUAAAUACAUGGAAGAGACUUCUGAUGAGCCAAAACUAGAGUGUACAUUGGAGGCUUCUGAAUUAGAGUGUAGUAUUUGUCAAGAACUAUACAUUGAGGCCACAACAUUGAAUUGUGCUCAUAGUUUCUGUAGUUCAUGUAUAGGGAGGUGGAGGUGGCAGAGAGACGACUGCCCAAUGUGUAGGAGACCCAUAGAAUCUGCAAACCCAUCAAUGGUCCUUGAUAACUUGGUCAAAAAGCUGGUGUCGGUGAUGGAUCAAAAGAAUAGAGAACAGAGGAACAAAACGGUCGCAGAAAGGUCAGUGGAAAUAAUCAUUCCACCUCCACCCAAUGCAGAGUUUCCACCUCCACCCAAUGCAGAGUUCGGCUCAGAUUAUCACACUGCAUCUGAGAGAUCGGACGAGUCUGACUAUUCAGAGUAUGAUAUGGAAGACGAUUUAGACUUUCUUGAGGAAGAAAUGUUUGGAUUUGACGACUCUUGGGAUCCAUGGACUAUUCAAGAAUACAUAGAAGGAUUAGAAUAUUGAAUAUUUAUUAUAAUUAUUUAACAUUUGAACUUUUCUGUAUAUAUUUUUCUAUGAGAAAUAUGAAUUGUUAUAUUAUUAA